AUGGCAUUCCUCAAACACCAUGUAGGUCCUUGUGUGCCGAAAGCUCCUGCCGUUGUCAGAGAUGGACCAGUGGUGGCAGAUGCAACAGUUGGCUGGAAGGUUGGCAGCAAGUUGAUCAAUUUGAGAGUGUACAUCUUACAUACUGUUGAUAUGGUACAGGCCGUCAACAGAAGGGUGCCGGGGUUUUGUAUUUAUCUCAAAGUUGGCUUUGUUCAGGUGCUGCAAAGCCAAUGGGCCUGUUGUGCUAAGAGUGCUCUACGAUAA